GCCGCCCGCAACCACCACUCCCCUCCCCUCAUUCCUCGCCGCGCCGAGCCGCGCCGCCGCCGGCCAUGGAGCGCCUCCGCCUCGCCGUCUCGUCGUCCCACCGGACGGCGCUUCCCCUUCCUGCCCCUCACAACCACCUCCGCCGCCGCCAUCUGCAGCUGCAGCAGCACCUCCCCAAUUCUCUCUCCCUCUCGCUUCCCAUCUCGCCCCAGCUCUCUCCCGCCCCUCGCCGCCACCUCCCUCCGCUCCUCGCCUCCGCAUCCGCCGCCCAGGACGCGAGCCCCAGCCCUAAGCCCCUCCCGGCGGCCGGCGGCGGCGCGAAGCCGAUCCCCCUCCUCGUCUCCCUCGCGGUCGGCCUCGCCGUCCAAUACCUCGCGCCGCGGCCGCCCGAGGUGACCCCGCAGGCGUGGCAGCUCCUCUCCAUCUUCCUAUCCACCAUCGCCGGGCUCGUCCUCGGCCCGCUCCCCGUCGGCGCUUGGGCAUUCCUCGGGCUCACCGCCGCCGUCGCCACGCGGACGCUUCCGUUCACCGCGGCGUUCGGGGCGUUCACCAAUGAGGUCAUCUGGCUCAUUGUCAUAUCCUUCUUCUUCGCCCGGGGGUUCGUGAAGACCGGGCUCGGCGACCGUGUGGCCACCUAUUUCGUCAAGUUGCUGGGGCGCAGCACGCUGGGCUUGUCGUACGGGCUCGCCAUCAGCGAGGCAUGCAUCGCGCCGGCCAUGCCCAGCACUACGGCCAGGGCCGGUGGGGUGUUCCUUCCUAUUGUUAAGUCGCUGUCUCUGUCGGCUGGCAGCAAGCCGAACGACUCAUCGGCGAGGAAGCUGGGCUCCUACCUUGUGCAAUCUCAGCUGCAGGCAUCUGGCAACUCAAGUGCUCUCUUCCUGACUGCUGCUGCACAAAAUCUCUUGUGUCUGAAGUUAGCAGAGGAGAUUGGUGUUAAGAUUGCAAACCCUUGGAUAUCUUGGUUCAAGGUUGCUAGUUUGCCUGCCAUCAUUUCUCUCUUAGCGACACCUUAUUUGCUGUACAAAAUAUUCCCUCCUGAAAUAAAGGAUACCCCUGAUGCCCCUGCAAUAGCUGCACAAAAGUUGAAGAACAUGGGGCCCGUAACAAGAAAUGAAUGGGUCAUGGUUGCUACAAUGAUUCUUGCUGUUUCACUAUGGAUUUUUGGGGAUGCCAUUGGCGUGUCAAGUGUUGUUGCAGCAAUGAUUGGGCUAUCAAUUCUUCUUCUGCUUGGGGUUCUGAACUGGGAAGACUGCUUGAAUGAAAAGUCUGCAUGGGACACAUUGGCGUGGUUUGCUAUUCUAGUUGGAAUGGCAGGGCAGCUCACGAACCUUGGAAUAGUAUCAUGGAUGUCAAAUUGUGUUGCAAAAGUUCUUCAGUCUUUCUCAUUGAGUUGGCCUGCAGCAUUUGGUGUUCUUCAGGCGUCCUACUUCUUUAUUCAUUAUCUUUUUGCAAGCCAAACGGCACAUGUUGGAGCUUUGUAUUCAGCAUUUCUUGCUAUGCAUUUAGCAGCUGGUGUUCCGGCUGUGUUGUCAGCACUUGCUUUGACGUACAACUCAAAUCUCUUUGGUGCACUGACACAUUAUAGCAGCGGGCAGUCUGCAAUAUAUUUUGGAGCGGGGUAUGUUGAUCUUCCUGAUGUAUUCAAACUGGGUUUUACAACAGCUGCAAUUAAUGCUGUGAUAUGGGGAGUCGUCGGUACAUUUUGGUGGAAGUUUUUAGGGCUUUAUUGAGAGUAACCGCAAAUGUUUAAGUUGACCAAAGGUUACCUUACUGAACCCAUAAUUCAUGGCUCCCUGUUCUGGAGUGGUAAUGUGGGAGCCAUUUUUUUCUUGCGGCGCAUUUGAUGAAUGCAUAAUAAUGGAGCUAUGUUUAUCAUUAGAAGUCCUGAACAUUCUACACUUGUACAACCCAGAAGGGUUCUCAUAGGCGUUUUGUACAACUCCCGUGCAUUUCUCAUGAACGAAAUUACUGCGGUCUGCAGGAAUGAGUCUUGAUUCCUUGAACGUAUGUUUCGUAUACUCUCGGAA